CCCUCGUGGCAAAAGCGGAAAGCCGGAAAGGGUUUUUCCCAAAACCCUGCAACAAAUCGCAACCGCCGGCGUCGAUCGGCGCAGCCGCCGCGGAUCCUUUCCCGCCGCCAUGUCCCAGAUCCUCCUCCGACGCCUCUCUGCACACUCCCACGUCAUCCGCGGCCACGGGUGCCGCGGCCUCAGCUCCGCAGUCUACGGCGGCGGCGGCGAGAGGCGGCGGGCCUCGGCUCUGCCGCCGCAGGAUGAGGAGAACCGGGCGGUGCGGGUGUCGGUGUGGUGGGACUUCGAGAACUGCAACAUCCCCACCGGCGUCAACGUCUGCCGCGUCGCCCCGCGCGUGUCCGCCGCCCUCCGCGCCGCGGGCAUCCGCGGGCCGCUCUCCAUCACCGCCUUCGGCGACGUGCUGCAGCUCGCGCGGUCCUCGCAGGAGGCGCUCGCCGCUACGGGGGUCUCCAUCUCCCACGUCCCACGCAGUGGGAAGAAUAGUUCUGACCGUUCCUUUAUGGCUGAUCUUGUCUACUGGAUUGCUCAGAACCCUCCACCAGUUCAUUUUUUCCUUAUAUCUGGGGAUAGAGAUUUUGCAAACCUCUUGCAUCGUUUGCGAAUGAGCAACUACAAUGUACUGCUUGCUUGUCCUAGUUGCGCUACCAGUAGUGUACUGUGCAGUGCAGCAACAGUUAUGUGGCCUUGGGAUGCCUUAGUUAAAGGGGAGGAUUUCUUACCAAAACGUUUUAAUCACCCACCGGAUGGUUUACAUGGAUCUUGGUAUGGUCACUACAAAGGAGCCCUGGAUGAUCCCUUCCUGGAGAAGGAAUCAAAGGAACCCAUCAAGGUACCAUCUGAUUCCGAGCAUUGUUCAGUACGAUCUGAUACCAAGCAUGGCUCAAUCCCCAAAUAUGUAACCAAUGCAAUUCUGGAGGCACUACACCCAUAUCCUCAAGGGACGAGCCUCUCACAUCUCCGAGAUCUUCUUCUGAGGAACAGCAUUCUUACAGGUACAGAUUUCUUUGGCCACAAGAAAUUCUCUUACCUUCUUCAAUCAAUGCCAGAUAUUGUUGAAUUGGUAGAUCCUCCGCCUGGUGAAAACCAGCCGCGUGUAAUUUUGGUCAACAAAAGAGUGCUGAAGCCUGGUGAUGGAAGUUGUAAGACCCUUAGCUCAGCUCAAUGUAAUGUCAGGGACAAUAACCUCACCCGAACACCACAAAAUGAUAAGAAGCAUCCAUCUUUGAUGUCAACCCCUGAAGUAAAUUCUAAGCCACUAAGUUCUUCUCAAAGUAUUGACAGGACCAGAAGCUUCACAGAGAAUGUAAAUGAAAAUCCACCUACAUUUUCUGUCUCAUCUUCCCCAUUGGUUGUGCUAUCUGAGGACAAAAAGAAGUACCAAACGGCUGAUGCGAGUGCACAGACAGAGUCACCAACAAAGCACACGGAAGUUGAUGAAAGGGUUACCCCUGGAACUCCCUCUUCCUCAGAGGCGGCAAAUGCUGUUAACAAAGAUGGACUCCUUAAAAGGAUCUGGAUACUGUGGAAUGGCCCUGAGAAUGCCAAGUCUGAGGUUUCUCAAAAUUGUGAAAGCGCUUCUGCUGAAGUGGUUGAUGAUUUGCGAAUGCCUCUGCAAGAGCAUAAUGCUGAUAACUGUAUAGAAACUUCGAGGAGGAUCCAUAAGACCUCUUCCAAAGAUGACCUCUCAAAUGGCACCAAUAGUACUGCAGCAGUAAGUGCUAAUUUGUCAAUUUCAUCUGGCGAUGACAAUUCUGAAAAAAUAAAGAGAGAUCCAUCAAUUCUUGAAAAUCCAGAACCAUGCAGUAGACCUGCAUCUGUUUCCACAGGUAAAGCUGGAGAGAAGGAUUCUUCUGAAAAGAAUAAGGGCAUCUUUAGCUGGGCUUCGAGGUGGUGGACAUUUGGAAAAUCAGGUGCAGAUAAUAGUAGAACCGACAGAAAUGUUGCUGAUGAACCAACUGACUCAAUUGAAGAAUUUGAAUCUUCAAAUGCUUCAACUUGUGGAAGAGAGCAACAGGUGGUUAAUGAAGUAUUUGCAAAGGCUCACUUGUGGGAUGUUUUGGAGCAACAGUUAUCAAAACCUCUUGGGUCUGAGGUUGUUUUGAAAGCGAAGACAAGGGAGGAACUGGCACAAGGAUUGCAGAAGCUAGGUUGUUGGCCUUUGAAAGGCCUCUUUGAGAAAGAUCUGCAUCAUCUGGUACAUUUGUUAAUUUCGGAAAAGAAAUGGAUUGAAGAAACUACUUCAAGAAUUUUCCCUUUCCGUCUUACCCUCCCUCACAGGAGAACAUGUGUUCCAUCGAAUUCCAGCAAGUCCGCUGCUCUUAGUUCCAUUUUUAUCAAGGGGAGGCCCCAGAAGGGCAAAUAUGUGGAUGAUAACAGUAAGAAAAGCAAGCCUCUUACUAGGGAGGAGAUACUGUCAGACUGUCACAAGGUGUUGAAGGAGCUUGUGUCGCAGCAUAAAUACGGAUUCAACAUCAGCAUUUUCAAGCUUCGCUUUGCUCAGAAGCAUGGAUAUGAGCUUGAUCAUCAUAAGCUUGGGUAUCCGGACCUUGCAUCACUGUUGCAGAUUAUGCCUGGUGCAAGGAUAAAAUUCCCAAGGGUUCUACCUGCGGAAAAUGGGAAUGGCCUGCCUGGCAGCAAGGGAAGUGGAAACAAAAACAAUGGCGAUGACUUGACCUGGGAGGAGCUUGGUCCUGUAUCUGCCACUACUGAAACUGCUGCUGCGGAGGUCGAUAAGGAAAUGUGCUACCGUCCUCCCACUCCUUCAGAUGAUGAAUUCUCAGAUAGCGACAAUCAAACAGACCAACAUCCUAGAACAAAUGCUGAGCAGAGCUCGCUUCUCCAAAUCAUUGAUUCGUGGAAUAGUAGCAAGGAUGAUGUUUGUUGCAAGAGACCUCAAGACAUUGACGGGCUUGUGGACUGUUCUAAGAGCAACCCGGAUCAUCUUGACAAUCUGGCGGCAGGGAACGAGCAAAGGUCUACAAGGCUAUCACGGAAGCAGUACUCUUUCGUGUCGGACUCUGAAGAAGAUAAAGAGAAGGAUAAGCUGGUUGAGAGUGUCCUGGGCAGUCUGCAAAAGGCGCAGGGUUCAAAGUUGCGAAAUUGAAGUUUUGUUAUAUGCAAAAAUGGUGAUUUGCUUCUUUUGGCACCCAAUUGCAGCUGUUGGCCUGACAUCAUUCUGAAACCUGUCAUGGUCCUUGGUCGUUUCUGAAACAAAGGUUCACCGUUUGUGGUCACACUCUCAGCAAGCAGCAGGUUAUGUUCAGAAGCUAUAGUUUGACAGGAGUUAUCUAACAUUCUUUUUCCCAAUUCAAGGGAACAUGCUUAUCAUCUCGCGGUUGACUGUCAUCGAGACAACCCCGAGCUUCGGUUAGCGAAACUGUUGGACCAAGCUUGUCAUUUCGUCCGCCUAGAUCUUAAUAGUACUGUGAAAUAAACAGGAGCAGCGCAAUUCUUCCAUGAAGUUUCAUUGAUGAUUGGUAGGGUACUAUUGUGUACCACAAACAUCUGGCUAGAGAGCAUGACUAGCUCCUGCUUUCUUUUUCUGCGUUGUGUUUGUAGCUGAUAACACGCGGUUGUGAUGCUUGCAUGUGUUGGUAUCCCACGACCAAGAUUUAUUGCUGCGCGUGAAUUCUUUCUUACUAAUUUUAGUAGUAUAAUAAUGGCACAAUCUGGUGUCUUGAGGAUACUUUUCUGAAAUCCUAUCCAAUCUAUCCUAA